AAGCUCGCUCACGUGCACUCGCAAGUGUCAGUGUUCGGCUUUUUGAACCUUUGAUCUUCUGAGGUUGCAAUCAUGGCAGAAGCCACUACUGGAGCCUUUGGAGGAAGAGCCAUGGUGGGGUCUCGGUCUCGCUCUUCGACUCCCGAAACCCACAUGCCGUACAUCAAAUUCAAUGACUUCCAGGAUCCUUGUUUGGACUCCACGACGGAUGGCAGUAAGACUCCUUCUGAUCAAGAGCACCCGGCAAGCAUCUCCAACAUGAAGUUGGUCUUCGGUCUCUUGGAACGUGGUUUGCCAUCGCUGCACCGUGGCUACCGCACUCCUGACCCUUCCCCAACGAGGACUGGCCUGCCCAAAUGUUCCAGAUUUGCCUCUAGCCUAGGUGGUGCUUACCAAGAGUUUGUCGAAGAGGACGUGAACGAGACGCAGGUGCCUUUUACACAGCGUGGGCGGCAGCCAGCCACGAAAAAGGAUCGCUCGCCAAGCCCAUCAGCACCAUGGCUUCGGCUGCAAACUCCUUCCCCUGAACCAGCCGCUUUGCCAAUGCCAAUCUUGCCGCAGGAAUUCAUUAUGCAGCAAGUCAAGCCACCUGUGGAGCUUCGCAAGACUUACUGGGCAGAUAUGGUUGAUGGUGGUGACGAGACACCGACUGGGGAGGACGAUGGGUCCAAGACUAUGCAGCACCCGCUGUGCAUCUCCUUUGGGUCUCAAGGUCACCCUUUCAGCUGCGGGCCGGCAUGCAAGUAUGCCUCGAAAGGAUCAUUGUCACCUCUGCAAGUGGAAGAAGCCGGUGUCAACUACCACGACCCGCCCAGCACGCAAUCGUGGGCAGAAUCCGCGACAGCGCCGUGCCAAGAAGGAAUCCCAGUAAGACGGAAGCGAUCGAGGCUGUCAUUUCCCUUCGGCAGAAAGACAUGCGUGCCCUGGGGUUAAAGUCUUGAGUUUCAAGAUUCGUAUUUAGAGUUUGCUAGGGCAAUGUUUUUGUUGAACCGAGCACGCCGAUCUCAACAGAAAGAGAGUUGGAGCAGACGUCAUCGCCAUAGCUAGAGCUUCAAAGAGGCUUUUAUUUUCCGGGAAGCUCAGAGGUGCAACAAUACUCCCAGGUGAAUUUGCAAAAAAGAGUUUGUGAAGAGACUUGGAGUCAACAGCUUGCUUGUUGAAGUUGCACCAUUUUUUCAAGCCCUAGCUGAGCUACAGGUCAUGGUCAUGCUGGCAUUAGCCCAGCAUUCUGUUUUCUAGUUGGUCAGGCACUUUGUUUCCAGAGCAUCAGUGUGUUGAAAUCACUUUCUAGAUUCACAUGACGCGAAGAUCAGUGAGAUUGGUAUAACCUGAAUUUGGUGUUCGCGGGGAAUUCUGAAUGAAGCAGGUAAGCUCACCAUGAGAGGAAAUUGACCGCCUCUACACCCCGACAAGAAUCUCAUGAAUUCAUCCAUUUGGAGGUGGGGGAAGGGUGUUUACCUGUCACCACUGGAC